CCUUGUUUCUGCCUACUGCUACAGGGCCUGGAGUCUCUGGACUUGUCUUAUAACCAGCUGUCUGCUCUGAAUCCGGCCUGGUUCUCCAAGCUCCUCUCUCUACAACACCUCAACCUGCUGGGCAACUGUUACAGGACCCUUGGCCCUGGAGGGACGCUGUCUCUCUUCAGGUAUGUGAACUCUUCCAUUGUGGUCCUCAUUAUUAGGUAUGACUCUGGAAGCCUGGGUGAUCUUUGGCCUCUAGGGGUCGUGACCCUGCGUCUCCGAGGACCAUUCCAGGACAACACGACACUCGUCUCCUCUAUCCUCAAAGACAUCUCCUACUCAGAAACCUUUCUGGUAGUCGCUGACGUCCUGCUGUUCGAGAAGAACUCCGUCGCACCGUUCAGUGAGAUCAACCGGAGACGGGUGCGAUCCAUAAUGUUCCAGAACGUAACCUUGACGGACGAGGCCAUAGUUCACUUCCUGGAGGUUAUGGACGGGGCUUGUCUAGAGUUCCUUGGAGUAGAGGACGCAACGUUCCAGGGUACAGGCUCUUGGAAGCAUGCUAGACGGACUCACCUCGACAACCUGGACACAGUCUACUUCAGAAACAUCGAGAUCCUGAAUGUCUAUAAGUUCACCUCCUUCCUGCCUGUGGGAUUUCUACUGAAAAACCUGAGACAUAUCUCUAUCAUUAACUGUAAGGUGUUUGUGAUGCCGUGUCUGACCUCUCACCUGUUGACCCAAAUGGUGUACCUGGACCUGAGUGGUAACCUACUGACCGACCUGACCUUGACGGAAUCUCUGUGUGACGGGAAGGGGAUCCUGAGGAAUCUCAGAGUUAUUAACGUCAGCGACAAUGCCCUAAAGUCCCUUUCCCUCGUCAGCAAAGUGUGUAACUGUGGCACCCUAUUGGAGUCAACAAUCGAGAAAAGGACAUUUGUUUUGUUCCCCAGCCUGGAGGUUCUCCUGAUCCAGAGCAACACUCUCAACAUGUUUGGUGCCGUGGAACUCCGACUCUACAGGAGGCUCCGAGCACUGCAGGCCGGUCAGAACAGUUUUGUGUGUUCCUGUGAGUUUGUCCACUUCAUGGUGUGGAGGUGGGGUGGAGCAGUAGAGGGCAGCGUUGAGCUAACAGACAGAUGGGAUAACUACCUUUGUGACUCACCGCUGCCCCUGCAGGGCCAGAGGGUCGACCGCGUCCGGCUCUCACCGUUCCAAUGCCACCGCAUCCUCCUCGUGUCCGCACUCUGCGGUUGCAUGCUCGUUUCCGGAAUCAUGUUCGUAAUUUUGCUCUGGAAGCUCCACGCGGUGUGGUACGUGAGGAUGAUGUGGGCGUGGCUUAAAGCCAAACGGAACUCCGGGAACCAGAAGCGCCGGGAUGCCGAACCCCUCUGCUAUGAUGCGUUUGUGUCGUACAGCGAGCAAGACGCAGAGUGGGUCGAAGAACUCCUGGUUCCAGAACUGGAGAAUUCCCAGCCUCCGCUCUCCCUCUGCCUCCACAAGAGAGACUUCCUGCCAGGCCACUGGAUCAUCGACAACAUCAUCAAUGCGAUGGAACGCAGUCGACGCACCCUCUUCAUCCUGUCGGAACACUUCGUCCACUCUGAGUGGUGCCGGUACGAGUUGGACUUUUCCCACUUCCGUCUGUUUGACGGGGACUCCGAGGCGGCCGUCCUGGUGCUUCUGGAACCCAUCUCCAAGGACGACGUUCCCAAACGCUUCUGCAAGCUCCGCAAGUUGAUGAGCUCGCGUACCUACCUGGAGUGGCCGCAGGAGGACGAGAGGAGGGCAGAAUUCUGGACCAACCUCCGUCUGGCCGUGAGGGGCGGAGAUGAGCUGUGAUCCAACCGGGUGCCGGGAAGUCUGGAAUCCCAGAUAUCUACUCAGAGGAGUCCAGAAUUAUUCUCUUUUCUGCCGACAGUAAAGAUUGAUUGGUUGGUUGAUGAGUUGGUUAAAUGUUUGGUUGGUUGGGUUGCUUAAUUGAUUGGUUGGGUGAAUUGGUUGGUUGGUGGGCUGGUUAAUUUAUUAGUUGGGUGGGUUGGUUAAUUGAUAGGUUGGGUAGUAGUUUGGUUAUUUGAUUGGCUGGGCGGGUGGGUAGAGGGUUGGUUAACUGAUU